CAGACGGACAAAUAAGCCGGAAGUGCUUAACUGAAACUAGUACGCGUUUCGGUGCGCUGUUUUGUCAUUUAUUUCCACAAUGGCUACUAAACUAAACGCUUUGAGUAGUGAUACUUACACUGAGAUUAGUCAGUACAGAGAUCAACAUUUUAAGGGUAACCGGUAUGAACAAGAAAAACUACUAAAGCAGAGCAAUACUUUGUAUGUUGGGAACCUGUCCUUUUACACCACUGAGGAGCAGGUACAUGAGUUGUUUUCUAAAUGUGGUGACGUCAAGCGCAUCAUUAUUGGUCUGGAUAAAAUCAAGAAGACUGCCUGUGGAUUCUGCUUUGUUGAAUACUACACUCGACUAGAUGCUGAAAACGCCAUGCGCUUCGUUAAUGGUACACGACUGGACGACCGAAUUAUCAGGACAGACUGGGACGCAGGCUUCAAGGAGGGCAGGCAGUACGGUCGUGGCAAAUCUGGAGGACAGGUGAGAGAUGAGUACAGGCAGGACUAUGACCCAGCCAGAGGCGGCUACGGAAAGCUGGCUCAGCAUCAUCGAUCCACAGAAGGACGCAACUCUUUUUAGACUCGGUCUCACCAGCAGUCUGCUUGGACUACGCAACAAACCACAGCAUCCUCUUGGGUCUUAAGAUAAACACUGCACUACCGGAUAUUAAACUUUGAGAUGGACAACUUGGACGCAAAGUCUCCAACGAACAAUAAAAACAACCAAGAUGGCUUUUAUACACGGUUGUCUUGAUUUAAAAUACUGUCCAAUGAAGCACAGGCUGGGAAAAUUAAAACAUGGAAAAUAUUUUUUCGUCUUCAAAACACACACUGAGUA